AUGCGUCCUAAAACAUUUUCCUGCAUUAAAGCGGCAUUACAAUCUUUGUCAUCAUCAGCAUCACGCUCAUUUAUAAAUUUUUUUACUUCUCCGAUGCCUAAUCAAAUUGUUAAUACUAACACUAAGAAUACUAAUCCAGUAUCAUCAUUUACUGAAUCUUUAUCUCCUUGUUCACUCAAAAGGAAAUGUGUUGAUGAAGAAAAUUUUGCAAAACAAAAUAAUGGUGAUGUCAUAAGAUAUGUUCUGGCACAUCCAGAUGCAGUAGAACCAAAGUAUGGAUCUCCUUAUGCAGCUGGAGCUGAUUUAUAUGCAGUCGAGGAAACGAUAGUACCAGCUAAAGGAAAAGCAUUAGUUUCAACUGGAUUAAAAGUUCAAAUUCCUAUAGGUUACUAUGGUAGAAUUGCUCCUCGUUCGGGAUUAGCUUCAAAAAAUUUUAUUGACACUGGUGCUGGGGUUGUUGAUUCAGACUAUCGUGGAGUUGUCCACGUUCUUUUGUUCAAUUUUGGUGAUGAAGACUUUAAAGUCAAAAAACAUGAUAGAAUUGCACAAUUUAUCAUGGAAAAAAUUGGACAUUUGAGAUACGAGAGAUUCGAUGACAUUGAUGUAAGUACACGCGGAGAAGGUGGUUUUGGAUCCACUGGGGUAUAA